GUGUACGGUGUCCCAGCUGGGACAUUCUGCUCGGCUGGGGAAAGCGCACGUCACAGCCCGAUCCGCUCUCCGCCCUGGACCGGAGUGAGGGGAGCAGGGACAGCGGAGCAGGUCACAAAGUUUGUGCGUCUUUCAAAAAUGGGGGAUCCAUCUAAGUCCAUGAAUUGCUGUUAAUCUUGCACUGCCAAAAAAACCCUCUAAAAUUGAAAAGGUGACCAUUGCUCCCCCCCAAAUUUCAGAAGUUUACUGUUCCUGUCACAUCUCGGAAACAUGUAUGGAAGUUCUCGCUCCGUUGGAAAGCUGGAGUCAAGCAGCCAAAGCCCUGGACGCUCCCCGCGGCUCCCCCGUUCGCCACGUCUUGGCCAUCGCCGUACUAACAGUAGUGGUGGCAGCUCUGGUGGAGUCCCUGGUGGAGGCAGCAGUAAAACCUUGUCCAUGGAAAAUAUCCAGUCUCUGAAUGCGGCAUAUGCCACUGGUACUCCCAUGUAUCUCAGUGAUCAUGAAAACUUGGGAGUAGAAACCCCGAAGAGCACCAUGACCCUGGGCCGGUCUGGGGGGAGGCUGCCGUAUGGGGUGAGGAUGACCGCCAUGGGAAGCAGCCCAAACAUUGCCACCAGCGGAGUAUCCAGUGACGCCAUUGCGUUUGGGGAUCACCAGAUUCCACCAGUCAGCAUGGCAUCAACUGUUCCCCAUUCUCUGCGCCAGGCCAGGGACAACACCAUUAUGGACCUUCAGACUCAACUAAAAGAGGUCCUAAGGGAAAACGAUCUUCUCCGAAAGGAUGUGGAGGUGAAAGAAAGCAAGCUGAGCUCAUCCAUGAACAGCAUCAAGACUUUUUGGAGUCCAGAGUUAAAAAAAGAGCGGGCGUUGCGCAAGGAUGAGGUGUCCAAGAUCUCAGUGUGGAAGGAACAGUAUCGGGUGGUCCAGGAAGAUAAUCAGCACCUACAAAUGACCAUUCAGGCAAUGCAAGAUGAGCUACGCAUCCAGCGAGACCUCAACCAGCUCUUCCAGCAGGACAGUGGCGGGAGAUCCAAGGAACUGUUUAAUGGCGAUCUAACUGAGGAGAACUUCCGCAUCCUCCAGGUGGAACACGACCGCCAGGCCAAGGAGCUUUUCCUGCUGCGAAAAACACUGGAGGAGAUGGAGCUGAGGAUUGAGACUCAGAAACAGACGCUUAAUGCCAGAGAUGAGUCCAUCAAGAAAUUGCUUGAGAUGCUGCAGAGCAAAGGGAUCUCCUCAAAGGUGAUGGAUGAGGACCACGAAAGGACCAGGAGGCUGGCUGAGGCGGAGAUGCAUGUCCACCACCUAGAGAGCCUGCUUGAUCAGAAGGAUAAGGAGACCAACAUGCUGAGAGAGGAAAUCCACCGGCGCUUCGAAAACGCCCCAGAUUCCGCCAAGACGAAAGCACUGCAGACCGUUAUCGAAAUGAAGGACUCUAAGAUCACAUCGAUGGAGCGAGGUCUGAGGGAUAUGGAGGAUGAGAUCCAAAUGCUAAAGUGCAAUGGAGCCUUGACUACUGAAGAGCGUGAGGAGGAGAUAAAACAAAUGGAGGUCUAUCGCAGUCACUCAAAGUUCAUGAAGAACAAGGUAGAGCAGCUGAAAGAGGAGCUGAACGCCAAGGAGAGCCAGGCAGAGGAGCUGAAGAAGAAAGUUUCAGCUCUGCAGACGGAGCUGUCUGGUAUUGGGCAAGUCAAGCAGGAGCUUUCUCGUAAGGACACAGAGCUGCUGGCAGUACAGACCAAAUUGGAGACCCUCAACAACCAGUUUUCUGACAGCAAACAGCAUGUAGAGGUCCUGAAGGAAUCACUUACUGCAAAGGAGCAGCGGGCAGCUAUUUUGCAGACUGAGGUGGAUGCACUUCGAUUGCGCCUGGAGGAGAAGGAGGCCAUGCUGAAUAGAAAGACAAAACAGAUCCAAGAAAUGUCUGAAGAGAAAGGCACCUUAUCCGGUGAGAUCCAUGACCUCAAGGACAUGCUGGACGUCAAGGAGAGGAAAGUCAACGUGCUGCAGAAGAAGAUCGAAAACUUACAAGAGCAGUUAAGGGACAAAGAGAAGCAGUUGGGCAGCCUGAAGGAUAGAGUGAAAUCUCUACAGGCAGAUACCUCCAACACAGACACUGCACUAACUACAUUGGAGGAGGCGCUGGCGGAGAAGGAGAGAAUUAUUGAGCGUCUGAAGGAACAGCGGGACCGCGACGAACGUGAAAAGCAGGAAGAGAUUGAGUCUUGCAAGAAGGAGCUGAAGGAGCUUAAAGAGAAAGUCAGCCAAUUACAGGGAGAUCUGUCUGAGAAAGAGUCCUCACUUCUUGACCUUAAGGAGCAUGCCUCUACCCUAGCCUCCUCUGGCCUUAAGAAGGAUUCUAGAUUAAAGACCCUGGAGAUCGCUCUGGAGCAGAGGAAGGAGGAAUGUUUGAAGCUGGAGAACCAAAUGAGAAAGCAUUCUGAUGGGUUACCACACUCCGGGAAAGCAGCACAGGAUGCAGCACAGGAGGCCAAAUCCAGUCCAGAGGUGAAUGAGCGGGUGCAACAGAUGGAAAAGGAGGUGGCCAGGUAUCGGGAGGAAGUUGGAAAGUCACAGACUGAAGUGGACCGGCUGCUGGAAAUCCUGAAGGAGAUGGAAAAUGAAAAGAACGAGAAGGACACCAAAAUCGCCGAGCUGGAGAGCAUGACAUCACGGCAAAUGAAAGAUCAGAAUAAAAAGGUGGCAACAUUGAAGCACAAGGAGCAAGUGGAAAAGAAGAAGAACGCACAGCUUUUGGAGGAGGCACGAAGGAGGGAGGACAAUCUCACGGACAGCUCACAGCAGCUCCAGGAUGUCAUGCACCAGAAAGAUGACCGCAUUGAAGAGUUGGAAGAAGCUCUGCGGGAGAGCGUACAGAUUACUGCAGAGCGGGAAAUGGUUCUGGCCCAAGAAGAGUCCUCAAGGAUCAACUGUCAGAAGCAGGUGGAGGAGCUGAUGAUGGCAAUGGAGAAGGUAAAGCAGGAACUGGAGUCAAUGAAAGCAAAAUUGUCCUCCACUCAGCAAUCACUGGCCGAGAAGGAGAUCCACCUAACCAGCCUGCGUGCCGAACGCCGCAAACACCUGGAGGAGGUGCUGGAGAUGAAGCAAGAAGCCCUCCUUGCAGCCAUCAGCGAAAAGGAUGCCAACAUUGCGUUAUUGGAGCUGUCAUCCUCCAGGAAGAAGAAGACACAGGAAGAAGUAGCGUCUUUGAAAAGGGAGAAGGACCGACUUGUUCAGCAACUCAAACAGCAGACACAGAACAGAAUGAAACUGAUGGCGGAUAACUAUGAAGUCGACCACCUAAAGUCUUCUGCCCAAUCCAAUCAAACCAACCACAAGCCCUCCCCAGAUCAGAUGAUCCAGCCCCUCCUAGACCUCGACCAAAACCGCAGCAAACUUAAACUAUACAUUGGGCACCUGACUGCUCUGUGCCAUGACAGAGACCCCCAGAUUCUGAAUGCACUUCACCCGCCCGAAUCCUACCACCUGGACGACAACCGGGCAACUUGGGAGCAGAAGCUGCAGACGCUUACUGCCGAACAGUUAAGCGAAGAGCUAGAGAAAUGCGAGCACGAGAGUGCGGAACUGCAAGAGUUUGCCAAUGCCAUCCUGCAACAGAUUGCAGAUCACUGCCCCGACAUCCUGGAACAAGUUGUCAAUGCCUUGGAAGAGUCGUCAUGACCUCACCCAUCCCGGGUAGCAAAGGACGUCCCGCACGGCCUGGUUACAUGGACACAGUGUUAGUCAAAGACUUUUUCGUUUCCUUCCCCUCCUCCAUCGCACAGGUGGGGGACCCGCACACACAGCCUUGCACUGCCUGUCGACUCACUGCGCACUUUUGCAGUGGCUGACCUGUCUCAUGGAGUUCUGGGGUGGCAGCAUUAAUCCCUCAGGACCAAAAAUGAUUUCUUCUAUUCUUUCAGCAUGGAUCUGACCUCUCCUAAGUCCUCGUGGGUUUACCCAUCUGUUCUACAACCAACCCUUCAGACACUUCAGAGACAUUCUACAGAGAUGCAAUAAUGGUCUGCCUUGGGGGGGCCUCGUGUUAUAGUGUUUGAAUGCAGCUGCAUCCGGGGGGGCCCAUCACACAGUCCCGGAAGGUGUCAGCGAAUUAAACUGUUACAAUGGGAUCACUUUUAAUCUAAAGAGAUUAUGUUUCUGUCCUACAAUUUACCAGCACUACGUUAUCAGAACAGCCGUCUUUCCUUUUCCGACCUCCUGCCAUUUUCUCAAAGUGUUUUCUUUACAGCUUAUGUGAAAAAGCACCUGAAUUUUUUCUAUUUAAUGGUUCUGCAAUUCCCUCUGCCAGUGAAUAUUUCCCAGUCCAACACUAGGUCAAUUUUUUUUUUAAGUUGACUCCACAGAUAUAACCAUAUCUUACCUUUCUUACACAAAAGCCAGAUAGAGUAAAAACUAAUAAUGCAAGUCUGUCUCCUCAAUAAAAGCAGCUUGUAACAUUAUGUGGAAGUAUCCCAGUUUUAAAGGGCAACUUAGUGCCAAUAUCCACUGCCUACCUUUAUUUUCGUUUUACGAAACUGAUUUUUGCUUCUGCACCGUGCUUUAAGCUACAAUUAAGUGAUGCCAAUUUUUUUACACUACAACUAGUUUUCAUGUGUCAUAGCCACGAUUCCUGACACAUUCAUGAACUGUAUGUGCUGCCUGAACAUCUCUCCAACAAGGCUAGUGCAUGAAAAUCAAACAGCCAAUCCUGCAGUUGGGAGAGGAUUCAUGCUAGAUUUUGUGUCACUUGUUUAAAGCGGAGGUCCAGCUGGGAAUUUUUUUUUUUUAAAGUCAGCAGCUACAAACACUGUAGCUGCUGACUUUUAAUAGGCACACUUACCUGUCCAGGGUGCCAGCGAUGUCGGCCGCCCAAGGCCAGUCCAUCCUCCAGAUCGUGCGGCGUCGCCAUCCUCACUAAGGGUAACAGGCAGUGAAGCCUUGCGACUUCACUGCACGUUUCUUACUGCGCAUACACGAGUCAUGCGGCACUUUGUGAAUGGGCGGCUGUCCUCUGGGACACACACAGUUCCCAGAAGACAGCGUGCCCCAUUUCCCAGGAGGCAACGCAAGGAGGAGAAGAGAGAACAUCACCGUGGAAUAGGAAGUGGCAGAUUAGGACGAUCUGUCUAGCCACAGCCAUUUCUGGAAAGUCUUGAAAAAAAAAAAAUGUUGGAGCCUAUUUUUAUUUUUAGGGUGGACCUCCGCUUUAAGCAGUUGUAGAUGGUGCUAAACUUCAACUGUAGAGGGAGCUAAUAGUUUUUAUGUUAUGGCAGUACAAUGAAUUGGAAAUUAGAUUUCUGGCAUGGAUAACAAUUUUUUUAUUGAGCAUGUGAGAAAAUUGAGUUUAGCAUCUAGGUUAGUGCAGGCAUUUUGCUUUACUGACGGCCAUUAAAAGAUAAUAAGUAAAUUAUGUCUUUGGCCUUAUGCAAAGCAUAGAGUUUUGGUUAGUAUCCUCGAUACUGAUCUGUUGGACAUCAUUCCCUUUCCCAAAAUCAUCCACUUCUACCUAAAUCAUUGACUUGUCAAUCCUGCAGAAAGAGGACACCCCCUUGCCUCUGUCAACCUCAGGAAUCCAGCUCAUCAUCCAAAAUCUGGACAAUUCAGGUCCAAAAAAGGGGGUGAAAAGGGGGUUGAGCGGUGAACAAGAGAUAUCAAAGUUCUCUCUGCACCCAUUGCAUUUCUUUUAGUUGUUUGAAUGUUAUGGAAUGCAUUGAACUGUUCUGGCUUUUUCAGUAAACUGUCACCAGCCAAGAUCAAAGGUUACUGUCAGUCAUGGGAUUAUGCCAAAUCUCUACACAAGAAUUUUGUUAGAAACUACGAUGGCCAUUUGACUGUUUCUGCAGGAUAAUUUUGCUAUCAAUUUUAGAUGCAUUGAUUUAGACAUUUUGGGGUUCCACAAAACCAUUUAGCUGCAUGCACUCCGGUUGUGAAGCAGACUACCUUAUUGGGUAAAUCAGAUUUUCCAGGAAUUCCAACCCUACCAUUCCCUUAGAAGCAUUCUCAUAGUCCAAAGUGAGCUAAUAGGCAUUCUUGUUUGUGCCUUAAAAUGAUCACAGGUCAUGAAUGAACAGAUUGUCCAAGUGUUGCUUCAGACCACAGUUUGGCUGCUUUUGUUGUGAAGACCAGAUUAAAAUGCUAUGACCAUACAUUUUGACAAAUUCAAAUUUUACGUUGUUGGUGUCUGACCACACCUCUUAUGCCAGAUUCAAUAGGCCUCUAGGUGAAGCAGAAAAACAUAUUUGCAUUGUUUGUUUUAAAUCACUUAAUCACUCUCCCAUUUAAUACUGUACAACUUUCUCUGUUGUCAACCCCGAAAAUCCGUUAGUAGCAAAACAAAAAAAAGAAGGGCUGUAUGAUCGAACCUUACAUCCAGGGCACCGUGGCCAAUCAUGACUGUUAGAUCAUUAAAUUUCAUAGCCGCGGUUCAUGCUAUGUACUACAGUGCUCCAACAACUUUACAGAGGAAACGCUGGUCAACAUAUUGAAGUUGAGCUGGUGGCAGAAUCUUAAGGGAAUGCUUCUUCUCGAGAAUCCUAGAUCACCUAACUACAAAAACUUUAAUGAGUUGGACAUUCAGGAGUAUGAAAACCUUAGGAACUGGCACAGUGCCUACAGCCAAGAAGAUUUUAGGAUUAAAAACACUAAGAAAGGAACUGUAAUUUUGUCCUUAGCAUGGACUGCAGGAAAGCUGCUAGAAUGGUCUUUUCAAGUAAACAUCCACCUGGAACUCUCAUGGGUAAUCAUUGUUACUUUGAAUGCUGAACGCAAGACGUCGCAUGCAAGUCACAGCUCUCCAAUCUACCAUAAGACAAGUUAUUGCCUCAUAUUCUCUCUUCUACAAUAAUCUAUAUUGUGUGGAACACAAAAACAAAAUCUCUUUUUAUUAAAAUGAAACAUGUCCGUUUUUUGGGUGGGAGGGGGGCCUACAGCUUACCAUUACAAGGAUAGCUAUAUAAAAAGAUAAAAAAAGUGUUUGUAACUACACUACAAAAAGAUCUUUACUGAGCAAAAUGGCUGGCGCUGCUAAAAAAUGUUAGAAUAAAAAUAUUGGGAAGGGGGGAACUUUUUUUGAAAAAAAUUUGUGUCAAAAAUAAAAUAAGAAAAACCUCCAUUCCUGGUGUGUUUUGAGGAGUAAUGUGUCGCCUGAAUUUUUCAGGCCUUUUUACUUUAUAUAAAUAUAUAAAUAUUUUUUUUUUCUUGUGGUUUAUGCCUGCGCCUGGCCCUUAAUGAACUCCUCUUAUUUGUGUACAUGUCUAAUGUCUGUUACUUACUGUAUGAACAGGACGACCCCUGUUUUUGUUCAGAUUGUCAGUGCAUUCAGGGGGGCGAUCCGGUCAACCAACCUACAGAAGCAGAGAAAAAAAAGCGUGUGUGUAUAUAAACUGUUAUGGCACACACAUGUGUAUAGAUGUAUGAUAUGUGUGUGCGCGUGUUUUACGUAUGGAAUAUUUGCCAUAUUGAAAAUUGUUUUGUUUUUUUCUUUCUGUUGUACACUACAAAAAGCAGUGAACGUUAAGAAAAUAUUCCCUCCCAGGUAAAGCUUGGCAGAGUAUCAUGUAUUUUUCAGUUAGGAGACGUUUACGGACAAGCAGUUAGGAAUAACAUACUUUUUUAAGAAAUAUAAACAGCCCAACUGCUCUUCUGGUCUUUUGCAUACAAUGUAUAUCUCCAGCAUUGACCUUGAAGACAGCAGAAGAUCGUUUUGCUCAUAUCAGACAAUGCUCAAGUCCUCCAUUGAGACUAAUGGCCUGUGGGUGCUGUUAAAAGUUUUUCCAAAGACUAAUCGAGAAGCCUUUUCCUUGCAAGAAGACAGCUCUUCAUAUACACUAUGGAAAAAAAAGCCAUGCCGUAGUCCACCGGCUCCUUGGAGGACUGAGCAGCUGGCUGCUCUUUAGAUGUGGUCAUUUGAUGAUCUGAAGUAUGUGUAGGGGGAUUAUACAUUGGAUCAGGUGGGUGAGGGUGAAAGUAGAGUUUACUAGUAUCAGCUGGUCCCCCAUGGCAAUGUUUGGGGUCAGAUUAUAGUGAUGAUUGUAUGUUGGUUUACAUAGACAUUCCUGACCAAAUAUUCUUUUAGAGGUAGCCAUCGCCUGGGUUAGGUUACAUUGCAAGACCAGUGUUUCCCUGGAAGUAGGCCAGAGCUGGGUAUAACUGGCCUCUCUUCUUCCAUAGACAAUAACAUACGAGCUUGGGUGAUUCAAACCAGCAGGUUCACAUUUCGAUUGUUAAAAGAUAAGAUCAUUUGAAAGAUAAGUGAAGUCCACGUGUCUAUCUGAUUUUGGUGCUCAUUUAUUUUCUUUCGACGCAGAGAUAUUAAUACCUUGGUGCAUCCAGCAAUGGUGAGACAUCAGCUAAUACUCACUCCCAAUCCUAACAUGCAAAUUGGUCACCUUCGUGUAGUGAUGCAUGCACAAAUCAAAUGGAAUUCUGGGCAAAAUAAAAAAAAUUGCAUAUAUACUACAUUGUGUGAGUAGCAUUAACACAGUAGUUUUUGGUUUUCCUGCAUCCCCCUCUAACAUAGUUGUAUUACCUGUUGUUUCUACAAGUAGAUCAGUUAUUUUUCCACUCCCUUUAACAGGGUGACAUAGAUGUUUGUUCUGCAGUGAAAUCGCACAGCAGCGUGGUAACCCAUUGGACAGGGCGUUCUUAGAUGGACAUGUCGUUUUAAAUGGACUUAAGGCAAAUUAAAUGUACUUUUAAACAAAUUAAAGUCUAACUCCAACUAAAACUUUUUGCACAGUUAUAGCAACAUUUUUGCUUUUGCUUUUGAAAGCUGUUAUAAGCACCUCUGGCAGUGUAACAUGGUUUGUCCCAACUCCUGUAAUUGGCACUUUUGCUGGACAGAUUAGCCUGUUACAGCAAUUAGAAAAAUUUAAAGUGGUUGUUAAUGAUCACCUAGUAAAAACACCCAUUAUGUUUAAAAUAGAAAUGAAAGGUAAAGGUAAGGUGUAUAGAUAUUAAAAAAAAAAA